AAUUGAAAUGCCCGCCACCUCCUUCUUCUCUACUCUUUGAAAGCUCGUGAAUAUAUAUUUACACACACACACACACACACACACACAUAUAUAUAUAUAUAUAUUUAUAUUUCAUGUUUUGCAAACUUGUUUCUGAUGAACGGCAAUGGCAAUCUCAAUCUCAAACUCCUCAAAAAAUCUAUCUGCUCCUCCACUCUCCAUCUCAAACAUCAAUCUCUCAGCCCACCAUUCACUUCCCUCCAAUGCGGAACCAUCUUCCAAUCCCUCACCAAAACCAAAUCCUUCCCAAAAGGCCAGCAGCUCCACGCCGUCGCUGUCACCGCCGGAAAUCUCAUCAACAACACCUAUCUCAGCACCAAGCUCGCCGCUUUCUACGCAAACUGUGGUAAAAUGCCCCAAGCGCAGCUGAUUUUUGAUGGAAUUUUACUGAAAAACUCGUUCCUGUGGAAUUUCAUGAUCAGGGGAUAUGCCUGCAAUGGAUGUCCGAUCAAGUCUCUGGUUUUGUACCGUGAAAUGCUUAGUUUUGGACAGAAGGCGGACAAUUUUACCUACCCUUUUGUUCUUAAGGCGUGCGGUGAUCUGUUGGUUGUGGAAAUUGGGAGGACGGUUCAUGGGGAGGUUGUGGUUAGUGGGCUGGAGUCGGAUGUUUAUGUGGGUAAUGCUCUUCUGGCAAUGUACUCCAAGUUCGGGGAUAUGAGGUUGGCAGGGAUGGUGUUUGAUAGAAUGCCUGAGAGAGAUUUAACUUCUUGGAACACAAUGAUUUCGGGUUGUGUGAAGAAUGGUGACCCAAGAGAGGGUUUAAUGAUUUUUGAGGAAAUGGGGAAGGCGGGAUUGAGAGCAGAUGGGACAAGUUUGCUUGGGAUACUCUCUGGUUGUGCUGAGUUGAUGGCCUUGAAGGAGGGGAAAGCAGUUCAUGCAUAUGUGGUUCGAAACAGUGGUGAAAUACAUAACGAGUUUUUGACCAAUUCUCUUAUUGAGAUGUAUUGUAAGUGCAAGUCUGCGGCUUAUUCGAGGCGAUUAUUUGAUGGGGUGAAAUUGAAAGAUACUGUGUCAUGGAACUCUAUGAUCAGUGGUUAUGAGCAGAAUGGAGAUGCUUUUGAAAGCUUGAGACUUUUCUGCCAAAUGGUUAUGGAAGGUGCAGAGGUUGAUGAAGUAACUGUCACAAGUGUGCUCGGAGCUUGUGACCAGAUCAGCGCCUUGCAAUUUGGCAUGUCUGUUCAUUCAUGCAUCGUCAAGAAAGGGUUUGGUGGAAAUAUCUUUGUGGGAACUGCCCUUAUAGACAUGUAUUCUAAAUGUGGAAGUUUGUCUUGUUCCCGUUGUGUUUUUGAUGAGAUGCCUGUAAAAAACUUGGUUUCUUGGAGUGCUAUGGUUUCAGGAUAUGGUGCUCAUGGGAGGGGAGAAGAAGCAAUCUCUUGUUAUCACGAACUGGUAGCAAAUAAUUUCACUCCAGAUGAAGGGGUUCUCACUUCUGUUUUGUCAGCAUGUAGCCAUGCCGGCCUAGUCAAUGAAGGUAAAGAUAUUUUUAAUAGAAUGACGGUAGAAUACAAUGUGAAGCCUGGACUUGCUCACUAUUCAUGUUUGGUGGAUCUUCUGGGAAGAGCAGGGCGCAUAGAUGAAGCAUAUGAGCUCAUUAAGAGCAUGCAAGUAGAACCUAGCAGUGAUAUAUGGGCUGCACUUCUUUCUGCUUGCAGGUUACACAAGAAUGUUAAGCUGGCGGAGAUUGCAGCACAAAAUGUUUUUGAAAUGAACCCAAAAGGAGUGGGGAGCUACAUUUGCCUUUCCAACAUUUAUGCUUCUGAGAAGAGAUGGGAUGACGUGGAAAGAGUGAGAGCUGUGGUGAGAAGGAAGGGACUGAAGAAACCACCCGGCUGCAGCUUUGUGGAGUUAGAUAAGAUGGUUCAUAGGUUUUUAGUUGGAGAUAAGUCACACCCACAGACACGAGAUAUUUAUGCCAAGUUAACAGACUUGAAUCUGCAGCUCAAGGAGGCUGGAUACAAGCCGGACACCGCUUCAGUGUUCUAUGACGUUGAAGAGAAAGUAAAGGAGAAAAUGCUUUGGGAUCAUAGCGAGAGACUGGCAAUUGCUUUUGCCCUUAUUAACACACAACCUGGGACGACAAUCAGGAUAACCAAGAAUCUUCGUGUAUGUAACGAUUGCCACACGGUAACAAAAAUGAUCUCUAUGCUUAUGAAUCGAGAGAUUAUAAUGCGAGAUAUCCACAGGUUCCACCACUUUAGACAUGGAGUUUGCUCUUGUGGGGAUUACUGGUGAAUGAUUCUGUCAUGAGAUUGUCUGUACAUUCAUUCUAUGGGAAAUACAGAUUCUUUUAUUCAAACAGAAAACAUCUCAAAUUGUUUUCACAUUGCCAGUUUGCCACCGUAUGCGAAUUUAUAGGUUGCUUCUCUCCCAGCCUUGCUGUUGUAUCACUUAAAUAGAGCUAAGAUUUUGCUUAUCAAAUUAGAGAGUAGGCCAACAAGUCCACCAGCUCCACCACUGACACUCAUAUCUGUUUCUUUAUCCCAUGGGAAUGGCUCCUCUGCUUUGGUUGCUUCCAGAAGAUCUUCAAUCGAAAUCUCUGGUUUCGACCUCUCCAAAGGACCUAGGUGGUGAUUGUACUUCUCUGGGUCUGGACAGUAAUCCUGCAUAAAUGAGGGAUCCGAUGACAUAUUUCACCAUGAAAGAGCAUAUUCUUAAAUCACAUACAUAAAGAUUUGUUUACCUGAUCAGCAUGCAUCUUCUUUACAAAUAUCUUGAAUAUAUCAAGAUUCGUCUUUUGCAGUAGUUCAUCAGAUAAACGAAGGUAUGUCACCCCAUACAUCCUUAAUUUUGGUUGGCCGUCUUUAUUGAUGCCAUUUGGUCUAGCAUUUAGAAGGAUUUGGUCAUAAGCCACACUGUCGUAUCUAGAAAGUGCAUUUUCUCCGGCAACUUCUAUGUUUUCUCUC